AUGAUCCUCUUUGAGCGAGGCCGCAACAUCCGCAUUCGACUGGCUCAACCCGCCACCGGUGCCCGCCAGAGCCUGACUGAGCUCGAUGUGUCCAAUCCGACCGAAAGCGAUGUCGAAUUCAUCCUGCGUGCUUACGACUCGACCCUGCCCUACUUGUCCGCCAUCGGCUCUGAGGAGCAAUGGGGUACCAAGCCAUUUUCUUCAAGACCCGACACCGUCGCCAAAUACACGAUCAUGAUCGACAACGGCUACCGCCAUCACUCGAACUUCGUGGAAACCGGUCUCGAACAUCCAGAGCAGUCGGGAGUGUUCCUCUGCGAAGUCAAAUAUCAUCAGCAGCUAUGGACAAGAAAAGCAGCGCUUCAAUGCGCCAGCUCCUUCCCCGACUAUGUCCCGGAACGUCUCGCAGAUCAAGCCACGAGGCAGGCAAAGAACUACGUCUACCUCAACUCCAUCAUCACCGAUCGUCGAGCGGGGCCCCUGCGAAAACGUGCGCUCGAAGCCCUCUAUAUCUUCGGUCUGGUUUGGGCACAGCAGUUCGACAAGACAAUGGUGUACGGCGAUGUCUGGGCCGGAAACGGUGGCAGUCUCUUACAAUACUAUCGAGACUUGGGUGGAACCGUGAUCGGCAUCUUUGACGUCCAGGACAAGCACGGCCCAGGCAUGCCAUGGACUGGUUACCUAGUACGAAAAGAUCUUCCUCCCGAGCUCGGCAUCAUAGAUCUUCUGCCCAAGCGACACGGUGCGUGUACGGUCAGGUUGUGA